AUGUCGAACGACAAGGAUCUUACUAAACAGAAGAGAAUCAGAACGGGUCAUCGGUCAUAUAUCAAAAAGCUUUUUGCAACCUCAGACGAGUUAAUGUCAGCGGACGUUCCCGACGUCAACAAAAUCGAAUGUAUGAAAAUUUCAUUGACUGAUAGAAUGUCAACAAUACAAGGCCUUGAUGAUGCAAUACUUCUUCUUGUCGAAGAAGAAAGCAUUGUUAAGGAAAUCGAAGAAGCGGGCGAAUUCAAGGAAAUGAUUCAAAUGUAUUUGGUAAAUAUAAACAGUUUACUCAAGAAACUUCAACUCACAACAAGUCAGGCGCCCGUAAACAAUGAUCAUUCACUGGGAAACACAGGGGAUUCAAGUUUUACUGAAGUCACACAGGUACGAACUAAACUUCCUAAAUUACAACUUAACAAAUUCAAUGGUGACCCAAAAGUCUGGAAUGAAUGGUGGGAUAGUUACAAGUGUGCUAUUCAUGAUAAUACACAUAUGUCUGAGAUGGAGAAGUUUAAUUAUUUGCGAAGUUAUCUGCAGGGUGAAGCUGCAUCUGCGGUUGCAGGCUUACAAUUGACAUCUGCAAAUUAUACAAUUGCACUGGAUUUAUUAAAGGGGCGUUUCGCACAAAAACAAACCAUUAUUAAUGCUCAUAUGGAUGCUUUACUCAAGUUAGAAGGCACAACUUGUAACUCAGAUGUAAACAAAAUCAGAAGGGUCUAUGAUAGCAUAGAAGUUCAUGUAAGAGGUCUCAAAACACUCGGGGUUGAAUCUGAGCAGUACGGCACAUUACUUGUCCCUAUCAUUUUGUCAAAGGUUCCGGAAGACCUUCGACUUAUUCUAAGCCGUCAAAUUAGUACAGAAAAUUGGAAGCUAGAUGAGAUUUUGAAACAUUUACGAACAGAAUUAGAAGCGAGAGAAAGGUGUGCUAGUUCUACUAUCAAGGAAAAUAUCAAGGAAACUUCCAAACAGAGUUCGAAGGAUGGAUCUAGCCCUAAGGGGGAUGGGGGACGUUCAAAGGGUAGUUAUUUAUCAGCAGCUGCUCUACAAGCUCAAGGAAUUAAGGUAUCGUGUACAUAUUGUCGAAAGGCUCACGCCUCAUUUAAGUGUGACGUCAUAACAAAUGUUCAAGCAAGAAAGGAGCUAUUGAAAAAGGAAGGACGGUGUUAUGUCUGCUUGCGAAAGUCACACUUAGCAAAGGAUUGCAAUGGCAAGUCUUGUUUUAAGUGCAAUAAACGUCAUCAUCCCAGUAUCUGUGAGCAAGCCCCACAAACCCCACCCCUACAACAAGAGCAAAAUAAGGGUGGUGGCAAGCCACCUGUGGACGGUGCUAAAGAAACAACAGCUACCUAUGUGUUCACUGAAGCGAAGACAUCUGUGUUAUUACAAACGGCUAUAGCAACUGUUAUCAAUAGUGAAGACCCAGAGAAAUCCAUUCAAGCAAGAAUAAUUUUCGACAGUGGUAGUCAGAGGUCAUAUGUUACCCAUCGCAUCAAAGAAUCAUUAAAUCUACCAACAAUUAAGAAAGAAACUCUCAUGAUAAAAACGUUUGGUUCGAGCGUUGGUCAGCUUCAAACGCAAGAUCUUGUACAACUCACGGUGAAAGGAGAAGACUCCAAUCAAAUUGUUCAGCUUAAUGCAUUUACUAUACCGACAAUUUGCUCACCAUUAAAGAACCAAGCUAUUGAAAUUGCUUGUCAUAAUUAUUCCCAUCUUCAAGGACUCAAGCUUGCAGACAUUGGUCCGGAAAGUAACAUUGGUUCUGAAGUAGACAUUCUAAUUGGCGGUGACUAUAAUUAUUGGCAUUUCUUGAACGGAGACAUAAGACGGGGGGAGCUUGGCCCUGUUGCUGUAAACUCCAUGUUUGGGUGGGUUCUUUCGGGCCCAGUUGACGAUGAGGUUGAAUCAACUCAAGUGAAUUUAACCAGCACACAUGUUCUUCGAGUAAGCAAUGAAACAGCUACCAUCCAUCCUGGAGACAAACGUCUGGAGAAGCAACUACGUCAAUUUUGGGACCUCGAAGCAAUCGGGAUUUCUUCAUCUGAAGAGACCAUACAAGAUCAAUUCAAGAAGGAUGUCGACUUCAAAGAUGGCCACUACGAGGUGAAAUUGCCAUGGAAACCAUCUCAUGACACACUCCCAGACAAUUACCAGUUAUGUAGGCGACGUUUAGGAUCCUUGGUGGGCAAGUUAAAGGCACAAAAAAUUAUCGAAGAAUAUGACGGUGUAAUCAAAGAUCAGCUCAAAAUGGGAAUCAUUGAAGAAGUCAACCCAAGCGGUGCAUCAACAGUUGGUAUAACACAUUAUAUUCCUCACCAUCCUGUUAUCAGACGUGAUAAGAAUACCACAAAGCUCAGGAUUGUUUACGACGCGUCAGCGAAAGUUAAUAACAAUCCAUCUCUAAACGAAUGCUUGUAUAAAGGCCCGUGCCUUCUGCCAAAGUUAGCUGAUGUGUUAAUGAGAUUCCGGACGAACAAGGUGGCCCUGAUUGCAGACAUUGAGAAAGCUUUUUUAAUGGUCUCUGUGUUACCUGCAGAUCGAGAUGUUCUUCGGUUUCUGUGGAUUGAUGAUACGGACAGUGAUAAUCCUAAGGAAGUCAUAUAUCGGUUUUGUCGUGUGGUAUUCGGUGUUACAUCAAGUCCGUUCUUAUUGAAUGCUACUCUUGAAUAUCAUAUAUCGAACUAUCGUCAGAACGAUCCAGAGCUCGCAAGAAGAAUCAUUGACAGCUUGUAUGUAGAUGAUCUAAGUACGGGAGAGCAAACCGACGACAAAGCAUUCGCAACCUACCUCAAGUUGAAGGAGAUUAUGAAGAUAGGCGGUUUCAACUUGCGUAAGUGGUGUUCUAACUCUGCUAGUCUUCGAAGACAAAUCCAGUGCGAAGAAUCAGAGUCUGAUCCACCAGGAGACCAAGAUCAAACACAGAAUCAAGAAAUCAUGGAAGAAGAUCUGUCGUAUGCAAAGUUAUCCUUAAUAACCGAAUCCUCAAAUUUAAACCAGGCAGAGCAAAAGGUUUUGGGUCUGAAUUGGAACUUUGCAAAGGACACAUUCGUUUUCCGGUUUGACGACAUAAUCAAACUAGCGAGUGAAUUCCCUUCUAGUAAACGAAGUAUUUUAAAGAUCAUUGCCAAGGUGUUCGACCCGUUGGGUGUUCUUACCCCUAUAUUUACUGAAAUGAAGGUUUUAUUCCAAGAACUUUGUCAAAGCAAAUUGGGCUGGGACGAACCUUUAUCCGAACUGUUAUAUCAUAAGUGGCAAAGCUGGUGCGAUGAAUUGAACAAGGUUGGGUACAUCGAAAUUCCACGGUGUUACUUGAGUAACUCGGCAGACGGUUCUAUUUCUUAUCAGUUGCAUGGAUUUUGUGACAGUUCGCGUGUCUGUUACGCAGCCGUUGUCUAUUUGAGAGUCGAGACCGAGGUCGAUAUCCGUACUUCAUUAGUUAUGUCGAAGACAACAGUAGCUCCACUUUCCCAGACUUCAAUACCAAGACUUGAACUGUUAUCUGCUUUAAUCCUUGCACGAUUAAUGGCUAAAGUUAUGUCAGCGCUUCAAUCGGUAAUCGAUAUUGACAUAAUAAAAUGCUGGACGGACUCGAUCACAGCAUUGUUUUGGAUUCAGGGGAAAGAAAAGGAAUGGAAGACGUUUGUGGAAAACCGAGUCAAUGAAAUUCGUAGUUUAGUGCCGGUAGAAUGUUGGUCUCACACUCCCGGAAGGGAUAACCCGGCAGACAUUCCUUCGCGGGGAGCAAAGGCGUCACAAUUACAGACUAGCGACACUUGGUUUCAUGGUCCUUCGUGGUUGGUUUGCGAUGAAGGUGAAUGGCCAGCUUCUAAACCCCUUUCCCAACCUUCGGACGAAUGCAAUCAAGAACUAUCUACCAUUCUCGCAGAAAUCGAGGUUGUUUUGAAUUCACGUCCCUUGACAUACUCGUACAGCGAUGACAUCGAAGAAGCGAUCACACCCGCACAUCUUAUUAUCGGGCGUAUUGCUUCAUGAAUUAUUAAUGAGUUUUUGAACAAGUUUUAUUCAGUAUUUCAAUUCAUGACAAAAACUAUAUAGCGUAAAGGAGUUUAACUGAAAUUAAAAGAACCUACUUAAACAUGAGUUUCAGUAGCAUAUACUCUGUUGCCUGUUUUUUGUUCUCUUUUACAUAUUCUUUAUUAUUUUUUAUAAAAGUUGUCUAAGUCUUACAGACUAAGCAGAGGAAAUCAAAGCUAAAGUAAAGUUUAUGUAAAUUAACAUGAUUUUUAUGAUAUCACAUAUAAACCAUCUGCACGUUCGUGAUUUCCUUUGUCUUUUCGGCUCAUGAAUUAUUAAUGAAUUAUAAGAGUAAUGAAUAUUUACAAAUAUAGCUUUGUGGUUAUACGUCUUGUCUCUACAGCUGUUUCCUUCGCUGAGAGGCUUACAUGACGUUUCUAGUGAGGGAAAGGUGAGCGUGCAGGGAGUGAUAAGAUCUUCCCAUCACUCCCCGCGCGCCCACUUUUAUUCAGGAAACUUCAUGUAAGUUUUACGAUUAGCAUUUCUAUAACGCAAAUUUACACAAAUUUACAUACUAAUCUAGACUAUUUUAUCUUUGCAACUUAUUUGUAAACUUACCCCAGAUUAUUUUAUCUUUACAUGUUAUUUAUGAACUUCAUGUAAGUUAAUUUCCUCCCUUCAUUAAAUUCUCAGUUCAAAUUUAUAGGUCAUUACUACUAUUAUUUCGUAGCAUAUUUGGGCAAUAGUAUAUCUACAAAAUUUGAAUCAAAAACCAUAGACGGAUUUUCAUAUUUAUUACUGGGGUGGUGCCAGAAAUUUUAGGGGGGUGAGCCGUGAGCAGGUGACUGAAGCAACACAAAGUGUCACCAAACCCCAGUAAGGUCUAUAUUCUAGGGGUGGAGCACUAGAGCCGCGAGGGGGAGUCUAGAGAGCAGAAAACAAAGUACCCCAGGAAACAUUUGAAAAAAAUCAUGAUUUCUAGCUUCGAAAGAAAGUUUUUUGAAGUUGUCAAUUUGUCAUAUCAAUGGAUUUGGCAUGUCCGAUUGUCUGUUGAGACUUGAAAGAGUUAAAGACUUAAAGUUAAAUGAACCUGUAAAGUGUAAACCCAAUAGGCCAAUACACAAUAUGCUUUUACUUUUAUAAAGUCAUUGACAUUGUGUUGUUUGAAUCCGAGUACAAUUUAUGAUGCAACUCCGAUGUAAAUAAUAUCUGGAGCGUAAAGAUUAAAUCUAGGCAAGUCUAUUUCCUAAAAGAAUUAAAAACUAAAAAUAGUGUUCGUAAAAAUUCCAAACGUUCCUUGCGUGCAAGCUAUUCGCAUGACAAGGCACUGCAAACUCUAUUCAGGGAAGAUAAUAGAGUUUCAAAACUUUACAAUUGCUCCAAUAAACCAGUGAAUGCAAGCGAGGAGCGAUUAGUUUCAGACUGUUGCACUGUCUUUUUCUGUUCGAGUGUACUCCUACGUUUAUUUUGUAUCAUCAACACUUUGCACGUUGGAGUGGACUAUUUAAUUAUUUAUUUAUUAUGCCGAAUAUUGGGGGGGGGGGUUGAAAAUUAUUUUGGAGGGGUGGACAUUUUGUUUGGGGGGGGGGUUAUAGCUAAUAUCGGGGUGGUAGCAUCCCCCUGCACCCCCCCCCCCAGAAAAUCCGUCUAUGUCAAAAACUGAUUUAAUAGGCUACUUUGAGUAUACAAGCUUGCAGAUAAUACUAUAGGUUUCACUUGGAAAGAUAUUUUACCUGUAGUGUAGGUUUAGGUAUCUAAACAAUAACUAUUACAAGACGUGUAAAGGCCUGUUCAGCACAUCGCAAGGGUUGUGUGUGUAGGCACGGGGGAACAGUAUAAUCCCAUUUUCCCAAUCAAACAUUUUGUCUAAACACUCAGUCACACUAUACCCCCCUUUAGCUUCUCCCCCUCCCCCUCACCCUCACCCCAAGGUUAAGUAUAGCUCUGGUAGACAGAUGUAGCCUGAAAUUUUAGGAAUACUGCAUGGUGUAUUCAUGACCCAGUAUUAUCUAGUAUAUUGGUAUUCUGGUAACCCCUAGCUGGUUAUAGGCUAGCUGCAUGUCAGCAUGUGUAGUUCUUUGACGGCUCUUGCUUGUCCUAAAUUUAACAAGUGAACUGAGUGCUUGUGUAACUAUUUAUCGUUUUUGGCUGUUUUGGACGUUGAAUUUCUUUCGAAUAUAACUCAUUGAUGAAUUUGCAAGACUCUAAAUGAUUUUUUUUCCAUAGGAAAGUUUGAAAUUAGUCCCAGUCCAAGAUGGCCUUAUCUUACCAUACGACUGCAAUCGUUUUCCUCAUGUGCUACUCGUUAACAACGUUUGCUCAAGAAAAACCAACAUUUCAGCCAGGAAACAACACGAUCGUUCGAUGUAAGAUUAACAGAAAUACUUUGAAUGGAACAAGUAACUCAACCAACUGCAAACUUCAAAUCGACGAACCUGAAUCAACAAUAUCGAAGAUAUAUUGCGUUUGCAGCACGAGUCUACCACAAAUAUCGUUAACUUAAAAGUCACUGUUGUUUCUGAAAAUGAGACUCGGUGUUUCCCAAAAACGAAAUGGCCUUGGGCGAAUGAAAUUGGUCGAACUAUACUUUCGUUGGCUUUGCGCGCUAAAGAUACUAUUUUCAAUUCUCCUCUUUUUACUUUGAUAUUAGAGGUCGGGACUCAUGAAGUGGAUAUUCAAGUCACGGAGGAAACAGAUGGUUGUUUGCCACCUGGGGACGAAGGAAUCGAUCGGAUUUUCGACUUUCUGUUGCAUCGGCUUUCGCAAACUAAAGAUACAAAAUAUUUUGGACUGUGUCGAGUAAAAACUCAUGGAACAUACAACUGUUGUCAAAUUACUCGUGGCAGAAACCUGACAAUUUGUGAUAAUUAUUCAUCUCUUGUGGUCGAUUUUGCUCUUCCAGCGAUAAUAGUCAUAUUUUCUUUAUCAUUUUUCAUGGUUAUACCUUUUGUGCUGGAGCACAUUAUAACCUAUCCAACUAUUAAGUUUUAUAAAACUUCUGACAGUCCUAUGUCUCUUACUUCUAUCCUAUCCAUGAUGUUUUUUGAAGGUCGUGGUCCAGCUAUGUCUUUGUUCAGAAAAUGUGUAUUCGCAUUACUUUUAUAUGCAGUGUGUUUUCUUCCCAAUUUUACUGCGUCUGAAGAGUUAGAAAUAGUAUUUUGGGUAUGGGCGGGUUUUUUUGUCAUAUCGUCGUACGAUGUUCUGAUGACGCACGAGGAAUGCAAAAUGGGCAAAGGGGAAUGCAAGAGACCGAAGUGGGAUAAGAAUUUAAUCUUUUGUUUCAAAAUUCCAUUCUUUCUUUUUCAAAAUUCUAUUUCUUUCUUUCAAAAUUCCAUUCAUUCUUCCUUUCAAAAUUCCAUUAAUUUCUUUUUUGAUGGUGAGAGAAAUAGUGCUACGAAUAUUUUUCAUUGCAUUGUCUCAUAUUUAUGGGAUUUGAUUUAUGGUUUAAUUAUUUGGGUUUGGGCGAUUGUGUAUUUUUCCAUUUUUUAUCCACUUCUAUUAGUGAUAUGUUUGUUAAAAUUUGCUAUAUGGGACUUAGCUUGUUUUUUUAUUUGGCCAUUUUGUCGUGCAGAACAAUGGGAAGAAAACGUUUUGCUGUUAUUUAUAAGAUUGCCAACUUUGGGCCUUAGCGUCUUUUUUGCAGGCAUGAUUCUUAUGCUUGCUGUUGCAAUAGUCGUUGGUUUCGUUCUUAACGCGGAAUAUUUUGGUCCUUUCGUUGUGCCCAUUGUGACUCUGAUAACUUACCUUUGGAAGAAUUGGAAGUUUUCUGUGGAAGGAGAAUUUUUGAACCUUAAAACAUCAAUUAUUAAAAUUUGCAAGGAAAGAGCACCUUCCAGAGAAGAUGAAAAUAUCUCAGUAAACAAUACCACAGAUAACAGUGAAUUGUCAGGUGCGGCUCGCUUUUUCGAUUUUAUAUGCUCUUGCCUACGAGAUACUAGCAAAGAUCCACACACCUGGGAAUGUUUUUGCUGCAAUAAACAGGACGCAAGUGGAAACGGUGGUAGUCAACAUCCAACGCGGAGUAGAGGUAGUGGAACUAUUGAGAGUAAUAAAGAAACCAGCGAAUCCACGCCAUUAGUAAACCGCGAAAGAGGCAAAAAUUAUCUUGGGAGCACGGGCAUUAAUGAUAACAAUGAUGAUAGCAGUGUUACUACACCAAACACAGAUACCAAUCAGCCUUCCAGGGGCGGAUCUAGGAAUUUUCGUACGUUAGUCAAAUUUUUUCCGAGUUGCUGCCAUCCGGGGGGGGGGCUUUUACUUUCUGUCUGCGGGGGUUAUUCGUUGUUCGCCCGACAGCCGACGUGAUUGUAUUGUCACGAUAUUGUAGUGUCGCGCGAUUGUCUGGAAUUUUGUUUUACACAUCGACAUGUUCUUUUAAUAAAUAAAUUUUUGACCCUCCUGUCAACAAAACGCCAUAUUAUAUAACAAACGAAUGGUCGGAAACUGUUAAUAAUCAAUACAUUUAGUAUAAAAUAAUGUUUUGUUCACACGUGGGAGUCAGAACUGUAAUGAAUCGGAAAGUUCCAGAAUACACUGGUUGUUGCUGGGAGGUUUUUAGUGAGAGAUUUUGCGAAAUUAGGAUAGCUCGUAGUGUCGAAUAAAAGCUAAAAGAAACUAUUGUGUUGAGGAUUAUCUCGGGGGCAAUUCUCAACAAGAUUUCACACGAACAAUCACAAAAUCCGCUUACUUCUAGAUAUCGUAUUACAACACAGCAUAACACCCGACCAUGCAAUCUCAAAAUUUCCAGAUUCAGUCGCUACUAUUACUAAUACAUCAAUUAAAUAUUGCCCGUCUGCCCGAUACAAAUAUAAACGAACACAAAAGCGGUUAAUACUUUAUAGCUUUAACUAUGGUUACACAGUUAAUUUAAGCAGCCAAACUGCCAAACCGCUUUUAUAUCUUAAUACCGCCGUCAAUAUAAAGCACAGGUUAAGGUUUUAAAGCUUACUUAGUACCAGGUCUACCAGACUAUCAACUAAAAUAUAAAUAUAAUCUCCUAACCUUAUCGCCGUACAUUUCUAUUGUGGUGGACGAGCACCGAAUUGAAAUCUCUAGCGAGACUCUGGUUCUGGUGAUAUAGUUGUGGAUAGACUUGGUAUGAAUAGCUUCAAUAGCGGCUAAAAGCUCUUCGAUAUAUCGAUCUUGUAUUGAAGUAUUGAUAUGCUUUAAAAGAUCUGUGUUCACCAUUUUUAGACUGGACAGUCUCGUAUAAACUUUAUAUUGCGGGAACCACUGAGUAUUUUUACACAUAGUUUCAUAGAUUAUAUAUUGUCGUUGUACUCGUAAGUCAAUUUAAUCUUCGCGGUGAAUAAACUUUCCGCCGGAGUCAGAUGAGGCAAAAAAUAUGAGCCAAGACAGCCAAUGAGAGAAGAGAAUUUGGUCUUUUUCGACCAAUCAGAAGUUCAAAUAUUGCGCAAAUAAGGCAGACCCCCACGAAGAUGAGGCAAAAAAGUUGAACCAAUGAGAGAGGAGAAUUCUCCUUCAAUCAGCCAAUCAGAUACCUCAUAGAUGACGUAAAUAAGGCAGACCCCCACGAAGAUGAGGCAAAACCAUUCUCGACCAAUCAAAUGGCUAGAAUCUGCCUCAAGUAAGUCAAGGCCACUGAGCUUACAACCGCUGAAUGAAACUUGAUAACUGGACUAUUGUGAAUAUUAAUUACAUUUGCUAUCACUGCAGGAAGGAUUAGAACUGGAGUACUGGACAAUUUUAUGAAUCAGUAAUUAUCUGCGCAAUUUUUACGUUAGUCGCGCGACUUAUUUGACAACCCCUAGAUCCGCCCCUGCAGCCUUCAACAUCUGGGAACGGUGACAAUACAGAAUUAGCCAGUAACGAUGAAAAUGGUGGAGAAGACAAACUCAUCAAGUUUGACGAACAUGGCGAAGCAAUGAUUUCGAAAAAUCUUUACGACAGCGUUACCAAAGAAAUUCUCCCUUUAGAGAACCUUUUGUUUUAUUUCUUCAGAAGAGCAAUUUUUAUUUGCUUAUAUGCUUUUGUGAUGUUCCGUUAUGAUUCUAGUGCGGGAUUCGGGCGCUUCUCUAAGUGCACAAGCAAUCAACGCUAUUGUGAGCGCCUUGAUACCUUUUAUUUUUGACACCAUAUUCGCCGACCACCAUUCGCCGCAAAAGAUGUGCGUAGAUAUGGCAACGAGGGAAAAACUUGAACAUAUCUUGAAAGUCGAUAAACGUGAAAACAACAGAAUUUUUGUAAAAUUGAUUAACAUUAACAUUAACAACGGUAAAAGUCAAUCAAACAAGGUGACGAAGAAGACAGAGAACAUGCAGAGACAGCAGACUGAGCAGAGUGAUGUCUAG